UGUUAGUUCAAUAUGGAAGGUAAAAGAUAUAUAUAUUUUAUUUUUUUAUUUGUCUCGAUAUUAGAAGUCAACUCAGACUAUUUAGAUUCUUGUGCUACAAAGGCAUGUUCCAACAUAGAGCCAGAUAAAAUAAAUGUCCAUCUGAUUCCACAUUCCCAUGAUGAUGUCGGAUGGUUAAAAACUAUUGAAGAUUAUUUCUAUGGAGAAAGAAACGAUAUACAUAACACUGGUGUACAAUAUGUCUUGGAUUCUGUUUUACAAGCUCUUAAACAGAACGAUAAAAGAAGAUACAUACAAGUUGAGACUGCCUUUUUCUGGAAAUGGUGGCAAAUCCAACCGGAAAACAAAAGACAGUUGUUCAAAAAAUUCGUUGACAACGGGCAGAUUGAAUUGGUUGGAGGAGGAUGGUCAAUGAAUGACGAAGCUUGCGUUAACUAUCAAUCAACUAUCAACCAAUUUACAUGGGGCCUAAGGUUACUAAACGAUACCUUAGGUGAAUGUGGACGGCCCAAGGUCGGAUGGCAAAUAGAUCCGUUUGGUCACAGCAGAGAGCAAGCGUCAUUAUUCAAACAAAUGGGAUACGAUGCCAUUUUCUUCACACGUCUAAGCCAAGAUGAUAGAUUGGCUAGAAAACAGACACAAGAUUUGGAGUUCCUGUGGACGAGCAAUGAUAAUUUCGAGGAGAGCAAUAUAUUUACAAGUAUUAUGGACAGCUAUUAUGCACCAAGUGAUUUUUGCUGGGAUUAUCUUCAAUGCAACUCAGACGCCAUUAACGACGAUCCCGACAGUUUUGACUUCAACUUAGAUAAAAAGGUUGAAGAGUUUGCGGCUCAUAUUGCCAACUACUCUUCGUAUUUUAGAACCAAAAAUAUUCUGUAUGCCAUGGGUGGCGAUUUUCAGUAUCAAGCAGCUGAAAUUAACUAUUUAAAUAUUGACAAGCUAAUAAAAGGUUUUCAAACAUAUCCCGAAUACAACAAAUCCUACAACGUCUUUUAUUCUACUCCUUCAUGCUAUGUAAAGGCAGUCAAUCCAAGCAAUGCUCACUUGGAUGUUAAGGAAGAUGGUGACUUCUUCCCGUAUAAUGAAAACAGUCAUAUCUUUUGGUCUGGUUAUUAUACAUCAAGGUCCACGCUAAAGAGAUUUGAAAGAACUGGGAAUAAUAUUUUACAGGCUGCCCAGCAAAUCAAUGCUUUUGGAAAAAUGAUGAACUUUGUCGAUGGAAAUGAGGCCGAAGAAAAUUUACGCAGCUUGAGGGAAGCUGUGGGUACCAUGCAGCACCAUGACGCAAUUACCGGAACGGAAAAAGAACGAGUUGCCAAAGAUUAUGCCAGAAUUUUAACUAGUGCUAUUAGAGCGACUGAAGAAAAUAUCGGGAGAAUUAUAGGGAAAAUCCUUAAGAAAGAAGAAAAUGCUACAGAUAUUAAUUUACCUUUGUACACAUGCUUACUAGCUAAUAUUAGUAAUUGUGAUAACACGAUGAAAGAUCGAUCCAUUAUAGUAGUUUAUAACCCUCUGCCACGAUCCGUAUGGUACGAUAUUAGAGUACCUGUUCAAAAUGCAAAUUUUAUACUUACAGGUUAUGAUGGUGAGGAAAAAUUUGAAAUUGUUAAGCAUAUGAAAUAUCCAUUGGAAUUAAACCAAUCAAGCGCAUAUGAACUAGUAAGUCACCAGCAAUUUCCACCAAUGGGACUAAAAGUGUUUUAUUUGGAAAAAACUAGCAAUAAGUCAGUGGCUUUAGAACCUACGUACCUUUCAGGAAACAAAACCUCCUUCACUUUGCAAAAGAAGAACAUGACACUAACAUAUGAUAAAAUAAAUAAAACUGGAAAGCAGAAACUAAAAACAAGCGAAAAAACUGAAAAUGUUAUUCAAGAAUUUUUAUAUUAUCGCAGCAAUAAUGGUUCAGCUGAUAAUAUUACUUCAGGAGCGUACAUUUUCAGACCCGAAAGUGGUACUCAAGCCGUUCUUAUUCCAGAAAAUGUAGACGAAGUUGGUUGGAUUCAAGGAAAUAUAGUAGCAGAAGUACAACAACGUUUUGGCCAGUAUAUAGUACAGACGAUGAGACUGAUGGUUGACAGUAUCAACGGUGUGGAUUUGGAGUACAUUGAAUAUGAUUGGAUGGUAGGUCCGCUGGAUAAUAAAACAGUUGAUACAGUUCACAACAUCGGAAAAGAAAUCGUUAAACGUUAUUAUAUCGAAGAAAUUAAAAGCAAUAAGAUCUUUUACACCGAUUCUAAUGGCAGGCAAUUAAUGAAAAGACUAAGAAACAAUCAUACCUUCCACGAUGAUAAUGUAGAAGCUGCUUCGUCAAAUUAUUAUCCAGUUACCUCAAAGAUUACUAUAGAAGACAUCAAAAGUGAUCUAAAGCUCUCCAUAUUGACUGACAGAUCACAAGGAGGGACCAGUUUAAAAGAUGGGGAAGUUGAAUUAAUGCUCCAUCGAAGAACUUUAAAGGACGACUUUAAAGGUGUUGAAGAACCUCUGCAAGAAAUGGAAUUUGAUAAUUAUAUUGUCGUUAGAGGUUCGCAUUACUUGACAAUGGGUUCGUCAGGAGUUUCUAAAUAUGAACGGAUCCUGGCUCUUAACAAACUAUCACAACCAUGGGUGUUAACAGCUGAUGCUACUUCUGAAGACUUAUCCCUAGAAAAACUUCAAAGCAACAUUAAUUUCAAGUGGACUGGCCUAACAGAAUUCGAUGGUUAUCAUGGACUAGAUUGGCAAAUUAACAUUUUGAAUUUCGAGCCAUGGAAAGAUGAUACGUAUCUUUUGAGAGUGGAACACAUUUUUUCGUAUGAUGAAGACACAGAAAUGGCUGAGAAAGUAUCUAUAGACUUAAAGUAUUUGUUCAAACCAUACCUAAUUUCAUCAAUAAAAGAAUUGAGUCUUGGCGCCAAUCAAGAAAUCGAAGCAAAUUUUGAUAAUCCUAAUAUUUAUCAAAUCACCUUGGGACCAAUGGAGAUAAGAACCUUUUUGGUAACAUAUGAAAAGCAAAAUCCCAAACAUAUGAAUACAACAUAACAAUUUUAAAACUUUAAAACCUAAACAUAAAUCUACAAUGUAUAUAUAAUUGUAUUUCAGAGUUUCUUAAUUUUUACAAGUGUAAUAAAUAAUAUAUGUUUUAUUAAACCAGUAUAAGUUAAGUAUUAAAC